AUGUCAGACCGGGCAAGACCAAGGGGACCCAAGUCAGCAGCCACCUCGAGAGACUUCCAAUCGAAUCGAUCGUCCUAUGUUCCACAGCGAGAUAAUCGUAAUCGAGAUAACUAUGAGCGAUCUUCGUAUGUGCCGUCUCAACCUCGCGGCGGCACUAAUAACCCGAAACAACAACCAGCGCCACCACCACAACAUCAGCAACAGCGAGAUUCAUAUAGAGCAAACAACAAUAGAAAUGGCCCACCGAGUGGGCCCCGAAACCCGCUGCAACAACGCGCAUCACAACCAAAACCCCAGCAUCAACAGCGUGAUUCAAAAUCUAGUAACAAUAGCAAUAAUAAGAGUAGUAGUGGUAACAACAGCAACAACUCAUACAAGCAAGGCAGCAAGAGGCAACUACCACCUUCAGGCCCUUCGAGCCACUCGAAACGAAGGCAAUUUGGCGAUCAGCAAGGCUAUAGGAAAACCCCAACGCUGGCUCCGGCAUUUAGAGACAAACCGUAUAUAUCUGUACCUAAAGGACCUAGAUUCCACGAUGAAGAUGAAGUUAAUCGUCAUCAACCAAGUACACUUUCUCCUUCGCCUGCGCCUGCAUCUGGGCCUGUUUCUGGUUCCGCUUCCACCAAACUCUUCCCCGACCAGAUAUACUGCAUCAAGAUUGCCAAGGGGGCACCAGCCUAUGAGAGAGUGCAACAAGUCGGGGAAGGCACAUAUGGCAAAGUUUACAAGGCGAAAAACAGCAUUACUGGUGAAUUUGUUGCAUUGAAGAAGUUGAGAUUGGAGCAGGAACGAGAAGGGUUCCCCAUUACCGCGAUUCGCGAGAUUAAAUUAUUGCAAAGUUUCGAUCACGUGAAUGUUGUGGGUUUGCUUGAGAUGAUGGUGGAACAUAAUCAAAUCUUUAUGAUUUUCGAUUACUUGGAUCACGAUUUGACUGGUUUGUUAACUCAUCCGGAAUUGCACUUGGAGGAAUCCCACCGCAAAUGCAUCUUUAAGCAGUUGAUGACGGGGUUGGACUAUUUGCACGGGAAGCGCAUCAUCCAUCGCGACAUCAAGGGGUCCAACAUCCUAUUGGACGCGAGCGGCAACUUGAAAAUCGCCGACUUUGGGCUCGCGCGCACGAUGACGGUGUUGGGCGAAGGUGAAGUUGCCGACUUUACAAAUCGCGUCAUCACGAUAUGGUACCGGCCCCCGGAAUUGCUCUUGGGGGCCACCAACUAUGGCCGCGAAGUUGAUAUCUGGGGCGUGGGAUGUUUGUUGAUUGAGUUGUAUUCGCGAAUGGCGGCGUUCCGCGGCAUGGAUGAGAUUAGUCAGCUUGGAAAGAUUUUCAACAUUAUGGGCACGCCCACGCAUGAACAGUGGCCCCAAAUUGACAAGUUGCCCUGGUUUGAGAUGUUGAAGCCCAAGAUUAACAUUGCGUCGAAGUUUAGCUCCAAGUAUCAAGAGGUGAUGUCUCCAGAUGCGUUUAAGCUAGCGGGGAAGUUGUUGAGUUUGAACCCGGAACAUCGCCCUAGUGCUGAAGAAGCGUUGCGCGAUGUGUAUUUCAGUAAUGAUCCGCAGCCGCGGCCGUUGACUUUUUUGCGGGAGUUGCAGGGUGAGUGGCAUGAGUUUGAGACGAAGAAACGGAGACGCGAGGAGAGGAAACGGGUCAAGGAUGAAGAAGACGCCGAGUUGGCUGCGAGCAAGAAGAAAGUCAAAGUGGAUGGUGGACCUGCCGCCAUUGCCAGCGCCGGCGGUAAUGGUGGCGCGGGCUCAACACGGACAUCCCCUGAAGCGAUUAGCAUGAGCACUGGUGUCGAUUCGAGCAAGAUUUAA